AUGGCCACCGAAGCGGCCGCAAGGAACAUCGAGUCCGAUGCGAACAAAACGAAAACUCCAGAGGAUACCACGCAGGAAGAAAAGCGUCAAAGUGGCUGUGAAACAGAGAAAUUCCUUCCAGCAUCAGAUUGGGUCACUUUAUUAGGACGACGUGGCCAUUACCGGCCGUUACAGCCCGGGCGGUUGAGAAACAGUUUGCUCGCCGGGGUUGGAUUUCUUGAACUGGGAAAUGCUGGAGAUUUCGCUGCUAAUGUCUGGAACCGAGUCCCAGUGAAGAAAUGGGUCGCCGCACUAAUGGCCCUUGGAGCAACCUUGGCCCUGGCGACCUCCCUUUUCGCUCUCAGAGAUGUCACCCUGAGCUGGCGCAAUAUCCAGGUCUUGAGGGCGGAGAGGUCCUACCUGAAGCGGGAAAGGGCCCGAUACCGCAACAAUAAGACCAGUUUGCGGAGUGUGGACGCCAUCCUAGGUGUCAACUUCCGAGAAAGUGGCACUGAGCUGCUGGAUCGGCUCAUUGUGGAUGUGCUGUUAGGUUUUGGAGCCCUUCUAGUGAGCGUCGGAACCUACAUGGCCAUUGGUGGUGCGAAUCCCACCGUAUUCACCGCUAGCAACCUUCUGUCAGGGUACAUUGGGAAUGCUGCCGGAGCACUUUACGGUCUUGUCAAUGCGGGGUGGUCCACCUAUGUUUCAAUCCGAGCCUAUCGACACCGGUCCGCAGGACUUGCCGAAUUGGAGUCGGAUCUGGCCAGGCGUCUGCUGCGGCUUCGUACACGCAAAGUUCAGACUCACGCAGUGAUCCUUGCUGUUACUGGCCUCGCUGCGGGCGCAGGAGGUCUCAUCACCGCCACCAUGUGGUGGGGUUAUAUCAUCCUAGUUCCCUGCAUUGUCUCCAACAUCUACUGCAAUUGGAUGUGGCGGCACCAAAUAGGAUAUGAGCGACCCAUGGCCGGCAAAGUUGUCCAGAUUGACAAACAGUCUCUAAUCAAGGAGUUGGAAUACGUCGACCUCACGAAGAAAUGCAUAGGGAGCGGAGCACCAUUAAAUUCUCGCAAAGAUAAUAUUUCUCUUGAUCCCACAUCGAUCGCCUCGGUCAUUCAGUUCAUGAUCUCGAUCGAUAUUUUCGAAAGCUUUUGCAUCCGUGCUAUGAGGGAGCCGCGGCUAUCUACAGCCAUUUCGGAAGCAUCAGAGGAAAGUUUGACGAUCUGCGAGCAGACUUUGCUAGACCUGGACCAAAAGAGUCUUACGCUGGUAUUGGAAAUAGCAAAGAUACAUGUCAGCGAGAGAGGGCCAACACAGUUACGUUACCGAGAGAGAUAUUUAUUGGAGACUCUGGGGUGUUAUCUCCGCGUACAGGACGGGAAGGUUGCUCACAAAGAGCUCGACCAUCCCCCUCCAAGAGAGCCGGUAUAA